AUGAGUAACCACCCACAACCAGCUACAUCAGUUAAGCUAGUAUUACUUGGAGAAGCAGCCGUAGGUAAGUCAUCCUUGGUAUUGCGAUUUGUUUCCAACGAUUUUCAAGAAAAUAAAGAACCAACCAUCGGCGCUGCCUUUUUAACGCAAAAAUGCACCAUUGGUGAUCGUACCAUCAAAUAUGAGAUUUGGGAUACUGCCGGACAAGAAAGAUUUGCAUCAUUAGCACCUAUGUACUACCGAAACGCGCAAGCUGCCAUCGUAGUGUAUGACAUAACCAAACCAGCUUCAUUUGUUAAAGCUAGGCACUGGGUUAAAGAGCUACAUGAACAAGCAAGUAAAGAUAUUACGAUUGCCCUUGUUGGUAAUAAGUAUGAUUUGGUUGAAGAUGAGCCCGAAGAUGGAGAUACAGAAGGGGAACAAGAGUUGUUGAGGAAGGUAAGCAAAGAAGAAGGACAAGCUUUGGCAGAUGAAGAGGGUUUACUAUUCUUUGAGACCAGUGCAAAGACGUCGUAUAAUGUUAAUGAAGUAUUUGUAGGAAUUGGAGAAAAGAUCCCUGACAACAGCAAGCAAGGUAGUAACGGCCCAGCCAAUAACGCAGAGCUUGCAUCUGGUGUGAAUGCUAGCUUUCAACCAGUCCACCUUUGCACCAUUGUUGCUAAACUCAAGCGUAGUAAUCCAAGAAAAAAAAAAAGAAACUUCUGUGGCGACUCGAGAGCCCAAAUGUUCGGUCGAAUCACUCGUUACAUAUUCACACCCAGCACUGUUGCCACAAGAACAAUGUCAACCCUUAGAGUUGCUUACAUCCCUGAACAUUUUUCAACUCCCUUAUUUUUCGCACAACAGCAAGGCUACUAUGCUAAGCACAGCUUGUCAAUUGAAUUUGUAAAAGUCCCGGAAGGCAGUGGUCGGUUAAUUAACCUUUUGAACAACAACGAAGUUGACGUGGCUAUUGGAUUGACGGAAGCAUUUGUUGCUGAUAUUGCCAAGGGUAAUGAUAAGAUCAAAUUAUUAGAUACCUAUGUCCGAUCCCCCUUGUUGUGGGCCGUGAGUACUGGAUCUAAUCGAAACGAGAUUACAAAAGUGCAAGACUUGCGCAGCUUUGGUAAGAUUGGUAUAUCACGUUUGGGAAGUGGAUCAUAUAUCAUGAGUUUCGUGUUGGCACACCAAAUGGGAUUCGACAAGUUUAAUGAAUUUGCCAUCUGUUCCAAUUUUAAGAAUUUACGUGACUCAGUAAACAAGAUACAACCACAAGGAGACUCGCCUGCUUACGAAAUAAGUGAUGCUUUUAUGUGGGAGUACUUCACCAGUAAGAAAUACUACGAUUCAGGAGAAAUCAAACAAAUUGGAGAGAUUUACACGCCUUGGCCGUCAUGGGUCAUCACCGCGUCAACCAAAGCAGUAGCUGCUAAACAACAAGAUAUUCACAAUUUCAUAUCAGCGGUAAAUCAAGGUACUGCAUACUUUAACCAGCACAUCGACGAAGCAGUUGAUUAUAUUGCAUCUAAUUUGGAUUACUCUGCUGAAGAUGCCAAGCAGUGGACAAAAACAGUCCAAUUUAAUGACAAAGUCGGUGAAGUUGCAUUGGAUUGGGAUAAAAUCGUGGUCAAGACUACUAAUGUGUUGAAAGAUGCAGGUGUUUUACAAGAUAGUGAUGAUGUUGUAAGCAAGAGAUUAGAUGAACAUGUAUACAAGACAAAUAUUUGA